AUGGGCCUCUGCUACGGCAAGUCGGCGGCGGUCCAGGAGCCGGCGGUAGCGGAGGAGAACAACUUAGCCGACGGCGCGGCGGCGGGCCGCGGCGAUGACCCGCCGGCGUCGCCGGUGAAGGCGCCUCGGACGCCCAAGCAGGCCAAGUUCUCCUUCUACCUGCCGAGCCCGCUCCCGCCCUCCAGCUACAAGGGCUCGCCGGGCAACUCCAGCGUCGCGUCCACGCCGGCGCGCGGCGGGUUGAAGCGCCCGUUCCCGCCGCCGUCGCCCGCCAAGCACAUCCGUGCGCUGCUGGCGCGGCGCCACGGCUCGGUCAAGCCCAACGAGGCGUCCAUCCCCGAGGGCGGCGAGCCAGACCUGGGGCUGGACAAGAGCUUCGGCUACUCCAGGCACUUCGCGGCCAAGUACGACCUUGGCCGGGAGGUGGGGCGCGGCCACUUUGGCUUCACCUGCGCUGCCAAGUGCAAGAAGGGCGAGCUCAAGGGCGAGGACGUCGCCGUCAAGGUCAUUCCCAAGGCCAAGAUGACUACUGCUAUUGCCAUUGAAGAUGUCAGAAGAGAAGUCAGAAUAUUGAGUUCUUUGACAGGCCACAGCAACCUAGUGCAGUUUUAUGAUGCUUUUGAGGAUGAAGAAAAUGUAUAUGUUGUUAUGGAGUUAUGCAAAGGAGGUGAGCUGCUGGACAGGAUUUUGGCUAGAGGUGGAAAAUAUCCUGAGGAAGAUGCUAAGGUUGUCAUUCACCAAAUUCUGAGUGUUGCUUCAUUUUGCCAUCUUCAGGGUGUUGUUCAUCGAGAUCUGAAACCAGAGAAUUUUCUUUUCAUGUCAAAGGAUGAGAAUUCAGCCUUGAAAGCCAUAGACUUUGGUUUGUCUGACUUUGUUAAACCAGAUGAAAGACUUAACGACAUUGUUGGAAGUGCAUAUUAUGUUGCUCCUGAAGUUCUCCAUCGAUCUUACGGUACUGAGGCAGAUAUGUGGAGCAUUGGAGUAAUUGCAUAUAUUUUGCUUUGUGGAAGCCGCCCUUUCUGGGCACGAACCGAGUCAGGAAUUUUUCGAGUUGUCUUAAAAGCUGAGCCUAGCUUUGAUGAAAUCCCAUGGCCUACCAUUUCUGCUGAAGCGAAAGACUUUGUAAGAAGGCUACUCAAUAAGGAUUACCGUAAGCGGAUGACUGCUGCACAAGCCCUCUGCCAUCCAUGGAUCCGUGGCACACAGGAAGUUAACACUAAUCUAGACAUGAUAAUCUACAGGCUUAUGAGGGCUUACAUAAGUUCAUCUUCUCUAAGGAAGUCUGCUUUGAGGGCUCUUGCAAAGACACUGACGACAGAUCAACUCUUCUACCUAAGAGAGCAGUUCACAUUGUUAGGCCCAAACAAGAGUGGCCAUAUAUCCUUGCAAAAUAUGAAGGCAGCCUUGAUGAAAAAUUCCUCGGGUGAUUCUAGGAUUCUUGACUUCGUUAACUCAAUAUGCAAUAUCCAAUAUGGAAAGUUUGAUUUUGAAGAGUUCUCUGCUGCGGCCGUUAGUGUAUAUCAAAUGGAAGGCCUGGAGACAUGGGAACAACAUGCUCAACAAGCAUAUGAAUUGUUUGACAAGGAGGGCAACCGACCAAUUGUGAUUGAAGAACUUGCAUCGAGGAAUGUACAGAUUUGGUUUGGGAAGAAUGGAAAGGCUAAAGGAUUUGAGGCUGGUUUUGUUUGCUUGUUUGUUCCUGUAAUGCAGCUUUGUGACUUUGGAAUCCUUACCACAAGAAGGAUUAGGCGGCCUCUAAUGUAUAAUGAUGGGGCUCUGGGAAAAGGCGAAAAGCUAAUGUCUGUUGGUGUUGAUCUCUAG